UUAUAUAUAAACCAACGGCAAGUCACCAAUGAACCCAGCUUGUUGCUUCUGAACUCCUUGCCAAGAAAACUACACUGAAAAGCAUCAACCACAGGAAGUGGUAGCCUAGUAGGCACAAAGCUGCUGUUGGCCAAUGGCAAGCUUCUCACACCUCUCACAACAGAUGGAGCAUGGCCUCGCCGAUGCCUCCCACAGCAUGCCAAACUACUUGUUCUGCCAUGGGGCAGCCACAGCAGAUUCAGCAUCAGCCAUCCCUGAAGAUGCCUCACUGGAAACCUCAUCUGUGGUUCUUGACACCUCUCCACAUGGAAUUACUUCUGUGGACAAGAAGAGGAAGCCGAGGGAAGAUAGUGCCAGCCUCAGCUCUGCUCACUCCAAGGACUCAAACUCAAAGGAGAGUACCAAAAAGAGGGGAGGAAAAAAAGAGAGAAACAACAAAGAGGUAGAUGAGGAGGAGGCACAUAAGGGGUACAUCCAUGUCAGGGCAAGAAGAGGGCAAGCAACAGACAGCCACAGCCUUGCUGAGAGGGUGAGGAGGGAGAGAAUCAGUGAGAGGAUGAGGGUACUGCAGGCCCUGGUCCCUGGUUGUGACAAGGUUACUGGGAAAGCCCUCAUCUUGGAUGAGAUCAUCAAUUAUGUGCAGUCCUUGCAGAACCAAGUUGAGUUCCUUUCCAUGAGGAUUGCUUCCCUGAGCCCUGUGCUGUAUGGUUUUGGCAUGGACAGUGAUGCCUUCAGUGACCAAACUCAAAAGAUCGAAGGAAUGCUCCACCAUGAGGCACUUGCAAUGUCUACCUCUGUCCUGAACAGAGCUCCAUCUCAAACUAUCAUGGACAUAAACACCUCCACCUCUCCAUCAUCCUACGAGGUUCACGGUGACGGCGGCGGUAUCGCUUUCUCUCAGGACAAUGGCAGCUACAUGGUGCAAACAGUAGGUGAGCCAAGGCAAGAACAACUAUUCAAUCAAGUGGUGUUCAGUAACCACAUGUGCCCUUUCCAGUAGGGAGAGAGUGAGGAAGAAAGCGAGUAAAGGACCCUACAGUGACAACAGGAGGAAAUAAUGCUGCGAUGGAGGUAGAAGCAAGCUCCAGAUGAGUUUGUGAUGUUGGACCUAAUCCAUCCCCUUAUCUGGUGGCUGUAACGAGAGAAGUAGCUAGGAGUAGCAGUAGAUUUUCCCCAUGGUAUUACUGUUAGAUUUGAAGUCUUCGUUAGCAUCUCAUCAGUUAGGCAUUGCUUUGCGGAUCUUCCCAAGGGUUGCAUGACAAUGCCAUUGUACUCUACCUGGAAAAAGAAACGAUCAUUUGUUCAUAUAGAAGGGCAAUUUCUGCCGCCUCAACUCUGAAUUUCACUCGUGUCUCA